UGGUAGUGUUUCGAUAUGUCAGUGUUGUGUUUAUCAAUUGCACAGCAAAUAUACAAUAAAAUUGAAUUACUUUAUUAAGUCCAAUUGAAAUUAAUAAAUUAUGUCAGAUGACGAGCUAACACCACCACCUCCACCAUCCAUCCGAGGGGCCAACAUAGUUGCCUCAGAGGGUGACUGGACCUGCAGUGAUUGCGAGAACGUCAACUUCGCCAGGAGGAACGCCUGCAACAGGUGCAGUAGACCGAGAACCCCAAUUUUCCAAAGGAAAAAGAAGCUCGGUCAGGAGAUAGGUAAACAGGCAGCAGAGAAGAGCAGAGGCCUGUUCAGUGCUGACGACUGGCAGUGUAAUAAAUGCGGUAACGUUAACUGGGCCAGAAGACAGCAAUGCAACGUCUGCAAUGCACCAAAAUUUGGUGAAGUCGAGGAGAGGACAGGAUUUGGUGGAGGUUACAAUGACAGAGGUGUUGUGGAGUACAAAGAUAGGCAGGAAUCAGAUGAUGAGUAUGACGAGUUCGGAAGGCGGAAAAAGAAGAGGGGUGAGGUUGGGUACAGGAGUCCAAGGGAGGAGGUGGAAGAGGAUGUAGUAGAGAAAGUCAAAGCGGAGGAGGAAGAAGAUGAUGAUGAAGAGGAGGACGAUGAUGGGGAUUUAUCCAAGUAUGAUUUGAGUGAUUGGGGAGAUUCUGCACCUAGCAGCCGGAAAUCUAAGUCAAGAUCUAGAUCCAGAUCACCAUUGGGGAGAAACUGAUCAAUGGCAAAAGCACAGAAAAGAAACAACUUACAAAUCUUUUGUACAUAAGCUUCCACUGGUUUUUAAACAUUUCAUUGUUUAUUUUUCAUAUUAUUUUCUGUACGUUAUUUUGUAAGCUUACAUUUGUACUUAGCAAUUGUAAAUGAACCAAAUAUUUGCUAACGAAAAGUUUUUCUAAUGAGACAGAGACAUAUCGAAUAUAUUUAUAUACAAAUAUAUUGUGGAUUUGAGUGAAUAGUCCGAGAUUGGAUUGAUCGCAACCGAUUUCACCGUAAAUAAUAGUUAUGUUUAGAUAUUUUUUAAUGAACGAGAAGCGGAUUCAGAAUACGCAUGGAACACCAU